UUAUCCAAUGGCAGAGGCAGAAAACAAAUCCUAUCCUCCUCCAAUCCAUCUCUCCCUCCCCCGCUAUACCAUUCACAUCUCCUUCCCUCUCUUUCUUUCUUGCUCCGGGGCGUGACCAGCAAAGCAAUGGCGUUGGAGACCUGCUUCAGAGCCUGGGCUCUGCACGCGCCCCAGGCCGGCGGCGUCAGGGACAGGCCUAGCGGCAUCAGCAGCAGCAGCUACGCCCCGUCCAGGCCCAGAACCACCGCCGCCGCCGCCGUCGUCUCGCCGUCUCCUUCCGCCCUGCAGCAGCUGGCCCCCCGGCGGCCGCCGUCCCGCUUCGUCUGCCACUGCAAGAACGCCGUCGACGAAGUGGUGGUGGCGGACGAGAAGAACUGGGAGAGCAUGGUGAUCGCGAGCGAGGCGCCGGUGCUGGUGGAGUUCUGGGCGCCGUGGUGCGGGCCGUGCAGGAUGAUCGCCCCCGUGAUCGACGAGCUGGCCAAAGACUACGUGGGGAAGAUCAAGUGCUGCAAGGUGAACACGGACGACUGCCCAAACAUCGCCUCCACCUACGGCAUCCGGAGCAUCCCCACCGUGCUCAUGUUCAAGGACGGCGAGAAGAAGGAGAGCGUCAUCGGCGCCGUCCCCAAGACCACGCUCAGCGGCAUCAUCGACAAGUACGUCGCCGCCUGAUUUUAAAUUAAUAAUCAGUCAAUCCAGCUAGGGGGCGGACGCACGCACGCACGCACGCCAUUUCUGUCCUCUUCUCUUCUCUUCUGCUCUGUUCUGUUCAUCAGGCAAACAUAUAUGUAUGUAUCUUAGUAUCUAUGCAUGUAUACAGAGGAUGAUGAUUGAUUGAUCAACCGGUCAGUUGUGGUCAGAGUUAAUUACCGCUACACUGUUAAUUCAGAUGCGAACGAAUAGUGUUUACUGGUUUAUUUGCAGCUGUAACUCUGCUCUGUUUC